CAAAAUUACAAACAAGCCCAUGAGAAAAACCCUGUCAACAAACAUCAGAUCCAUGAACACUUUUUUUUCCUUUUUUUUUAAUGUGGCCCACCUUUUCACUUUCUAUACUUUCGUGUUCUUCUUCCCCGAGUUUUCACCAGAAAACCAUCCUGACUAAACUCAAUAUUCGUCGAUCUGCAAUCAUCAGUUUAUUAUUAUUGUUGUUUUCAUCACUUCAAUCAUCAUGUCUAAGGUGAAUGAGAAAGAUGCUGCUGCUCCCAAACCUGAGAGUUCAGUAGAAGAGAAAAUUAAUCCUGCAGUGAAGAAAACUUCGUCGGGGUCAAGCUCUUCAGAUGCACAACCUGCACCUGCUAUGCCCUUCAUGCCUCCGGGAGCUGGAUUUCCUGCAAGUCCUUUUGACUUCUCGUCUAUGGCUGGUCUACUUAAUGAUCCAAGCAUUAAGGAUUUAGCAGAGCAAAUAGCAAAAGAUCCAUCAUUCAACAAGAUGGCGGAGCAACUCCAACAGACUUUUCAUGGUGGUGAUGACGGUGUUCCUCAGUUUGAUACACAACAGUAUUAUUCCACCAUGCAAGAGGUUAUGCAAAACCCUCAGUUCAUGAGCAUGGCAGAGAGUCUUGGUACUGCCAUGAUGCAGGAUCCAUCAAUGUCUCAGAUGCUCGAAGGUUUAUCUAAUCCCGCUCAAAAGGAGCAGCUUGAAGAACGGAUGGCGCGUAUCAAAGAAGAUCCGUCUUUGAAACCUAUUUUAGAAGAGAUAGAAUCUGGUGGUCCAACAGCUAUGAUGAGGUACUGGAAUGAUGAAGAUGUUUUGAAGAAACUAGGUGAAGCCAUGGGUCUUGCAGUCACGGAAGACGCUACUGCUUCCGUUGGGAAUCCAGUUGCAAAUGAAGCUGAAGAAGAGGCAGAUGAGGAAGAAUCUGUUGUUCACCAGACUGCUAGUGUUGGUGACCUAGAGGGUUUGAAGAAGGCAUUAGAGUCGGGUGCCGAUAAAGAUGAAGAAGAUUCAGAGGGAAGGACAGCGUUCCAUUUUGCUUGUGGGUAUGGUGAGGUUAAAUGUGCUCAAGUUCUACUCGAGGCUGGGGCGAAGGUGGAUGCGUUAGACAAGAACAAGAACACCGCACUCCAUUAUGCAGCUGGUUAUGGUAGAAAAGAAUGUGUAGCCCUCUUGCUCGACAAUGGUGCCGCUGUUACUUUGCAAAACAUGGAUGGAAAAACACCUAUCGACGUUGCCAAACUGAACAACCAGAAUGAUGUAUUGAAGCUGCUCGAGAAGGAUGCUUUUCUGUAAGCUGACAACGCGAAUGUACACUUGCAGAGUAGUGGUUGUGUUGAACCAAUUGAGAGGGAUAUUUUGGUUUUUUACUGCAAUUUGUUAUGUUCUUUAGUGAAAUUACAUAAUUGACUUUUUGGUCAACGUUGUGUGGACUUUGUGGUUUUUAUAUCAGAUGUUAAGUUAAAUUUAUAAAUUAACAUCUUUAAGUAAAUUAGAUUCAGAAUCCUGCUGAUGACUAGGAUAUUUCUUAAAACAAAAGUAUUUAUGUAAUUUUGUAUUCUUAAAAAAGUAUU